CUCUAUCGCUAUAUGUAUUCGAGGGAGAACCUUGGUAAAGAAGCAGUGACGCUGGCCCGAGUAAUUGGCACGGUGGCCAGAUUUUCGAAAUCAGAGAUGGAUAAUGUCGUAACGAAAGAAGAGUCUCGAGUGGCCGGCUGGGUCGGGGGAACGGUCUCACAUGUGCUCACUGGGCGCUAA